AAAUAAACCCUUAUGACAUCACAACAUAACCUAUAAGCCAAAAAAAUUAAUAUUAAAAUGUAUAAUAGAAAACGAAAAUAUGGGCAGUCAAGUAAACAUAAUGAUGAUUAUGAUAAUAAAAGGCAUCAUAAGCAUCAUAUAAAAGAACAAUUUAAAAGAAUCGAUGAAUGCAAAUUUGAAUUAAGACGAUUUUUAGAAGAAGAAUGUGAAAUACGGAAUCAAGAAGACUUUUGGACGUUUUACACUAAAUACACUCUCAUAAAUCUCCGUCGAUCGCAACAAGAAACUUUUCCUUUUGAUAGAAAUAAACUAUUUAAUAUAAGCUUUGAAUUAACCACAACCGAAUUGUUGGAUAAAUUACCAGUUCUUGAUAAAAACGGCGAUCGUUUAAUAAUUAAAAACGAAGAUUUUGAUUUAUUUCUAAAAAGUAUCAAAGCUUAUCAAGAUUUUCAGCAAAAAAAUAAGUUUUUAAAAUUAAAAAAAUUGCGUGAAUCGCAAAAACAACUUCCAAUUGCAGAAUAUAAAGAGGAGAUAACGAAGAAAUUAAAAGGUUGUCGUGUUAUGUUAAUAGCGGGCGACACAGGUUGUGGUAAAUCUACCCAAAUUCCCCAAUAUGUUAUGAAUGGUGGAUAUGAAAGAGUGGUUUGUACACAACCUCGUAGAAUAGCCUGUGUUUCUUUAGCGAAACGUGUUGCUUAUGAAACUUUAUCCGAUUACAAAAACACGAUUGGUUAUCAAAUAAGAUUUGAAAAAACGAAAAGAAAAGAUACGAAAGUUAUUUUUAUGACGGAAGGGUUACUUUUAAGGCAAGCCUCGGAAGAAGAUGUAAUUGGAGGUUAUGAUGUGAUUAUUUUAGAUGAGGUUCACGAAAGGCAUUUGUAUGGGGAUUUUUUAGUUGGGAUUAUGAAAUGCUUUUUGUACAAAAAUAAGGACUUUAAAUUAAUUUUGAUGUCAGCUACGAUUAAUUUGAAAUUAUUUAUAGAGUACUUUAGUAAUGAAAGUUUGGAAGUAAUUCAAGUUCCAGGGAGAUUAUUUCCUAUUGAAAUUCAUUAUAAGCCUGUUAUUAAAGAUCCUUACGAUAAAAAUAAAGAUAAAUUCGAUUGUACACCUUAUUUGCAAAUCGUACAAAUGAUCGAUGAGAAAUAUCCGAAGAAUGAAAAAGGUGAUUUAUUGAUUUUUUUGAAUGGUUUUUCCGAAAUUAACACUUUACAUGAUGUUAUAACGGAAUAUUCAUCGCAUAAAGAUAAUAAUUGGAUUGUUUUAAUGUUACAUAGUACUUUAUCUUUAGAGCAACAAGAUAGAGUGUUUGAUUAUCCGCAGGAUGGGGUUCGAAAAUGUAUUAUUUCAACUAAUAUAGCUGAAACUUCGGUUACAAUCGAUGGGAUUCGUUUUGUAAUUGAUUCCGGGAAAGUUAAUCGAAUGUCUUAUGUUUCCGAAGGGGGGAUUAAUCGAUUAGCUGAGUGCGAUAUAUCUCAAGAUAGUGCGAGGCAAAGAAUGGGUAGAGCUGGAAGAACCGGUCCUGGAAUAUGCUUUCGUUUAUAUUCAGAAGAAGAUUAUAAAAACUUCGAGCCAUUUACCCCAGCUGAGAUACAUUUAGUCCCGUUAAAUUCACUUUUACUCCACAUGAUUUCAUUAGGUUUAAAUAAUAUAUAUAAUUUUCCAUUUCUCGAACAACCAUCUCAAGAUACAAUCGAAGAAUCAAUCGAAAAAUUAAAAUUUUGUGGGGCUUUAAGCUUAGAAAACGAUUCAUUAACAUUAACAAGCUUAGGCGAAAAGUUAUCGAAACUCCCCGUCGAUUUGUGCAUAGGAAAAAUGUUAAUUAUAUCAACGAUUUUUGGAAAUGUUAAUUCGAUUUUAGCAUGCGCCGCUUUAUUAAGCGUGCAAUCUCCGUACACUCAAACAGCUUUUAGAGAUUACGACGCUCAAGAAUUAAGAAAACGCUUUGAAUCAAAUCACGGUGAUCCAAUAACACUUUUAUUUAUUUACAAAGAGUGGUUAACGAUUAAACAGAACACAUCGAUUCAUUCGAACAAAGAAAAGAAUUCGAAAUUUUGGGCGAGAAAACGUUGUCUUGAGGAGCAAAGGUUUUAUGAAACAACGAAAUUAUUAGAACAAUUUCGCGAGAUUUUAAUCGAAGCCGAUUUAUUACAAAAAUUAAACGAUGAAGAGUUAACAUCAAGAGAACGUUCGAUUCGAUAUGGCGAAUUAAAAAAAUUAAAAUCGUUAAGAAAUGAUUUAAAAUUAAAAUCUAAAUCGAGUGCAAAAAAGCGGCUCUCAAAAAAUUUAUUUGAUAACGAAAAUGAAGAUAACUCCCCCGAUUUAAGGGAUAUAGAAUUUAAAAUUACCAACGAUUUUAAACGAUUACAAAAGUUACUCGAUGAGACAUCACCAGAUUCUUACAAAGAUGUAAUUCUUUUAAAAUUAGUUAUUUCAAGCGGAUUAUACCCCCAAAUUGCUGUUGAAGAUGAACACAACAAUUUAAAAACGGUCAAUGAGAGAUUGUUUCACACAAAAAAUAAAAGCUAUUUGUUUUUACGCCCAACAAGCAUUUUUGCUUCUCACCCCGAUAUUUUGGAAUUAAAUAACGAUGAUAUCGACAUCCCACCUUCAGGUUAUUUUAGUAGAAACCCACUGAGUAAAAAGCACAACCUUUUAGUUUAUCAAUCAGUUUUAAAAACGAAAAAAACUUACUUAGUUAACGUCAUGAGAAUGCCAGCUUUACAAACUCUUUUACUUUUGAGUAAAAACAUCGCCACAAAUGCAACAUUAACAAGUUUUAUAUUUGACGAAUUUUUGUCUGUACAUGUCCCCUAUGUUGGUGAAGGCAAAGCGAGUUUAAAACACGCUUUAAAUAUACGCAAAAAAUGGAACGAUAAAUUAGAAAAAAAAUUAAACGAUGUAAACACAAAAAGCAAUGAAGAUAACUCAUUAAUCAACGAUAUUAUUAAAUUUAUGUCAUCAGAAAUUAGUUACAAUAUUAAACGGUUACUACCGGCGGAUUUAAAAACGAUUUAUAAUCACAACACAGGAUUUUUUAAUGAAGAUUACUUAAAGAAUACUAAAAAUCCCUUCGAUCUCGAGUACGAAAUGAAAGAAAAUGCUUUAAUCGGUGGAGUUCAAGUAACCGAAAACGUUACUUAUAAUUGUUUAAACCAGGACGAGUGGGAUUCUAAUUUAGAAAAUGAAAUUUAUAAUUUGGAUUUUAAUUGUCCGAAUUGCGGGGAAAUUUUUACCGGGAUGUCCUUUUUUAGGAUUUUUCAACACGAAAGUUUUUGUGUGAAGAAAAUCGUUGAAGAGGAAUUAAUUAAACAAGAAAAUAUUAGUAACAAACCUAAUUCUAAGUUAUUUAAGUGUGAUGUUUGUAAAAGUGAAUUGGUUUUAACUCCGAUUGAGAUAUUAAAACAUAAAAAGAAUUGUGUUGUUGUGAAAAAAGAAUAAAGUUAUUAUAAUAAAUUAUUAAUUA